AUGGUCAAUAAUAUAUUCAAUCGAUUUCGUCGUUCGAAUAAUAUUGUCACCUCGAAUGAGACAAGUGUUCCGGCGACAACGAUAAGUGACGAUGAGGACCAUCACGAAUGGGAUCGUCCAAUAGAGUUUGUGUUUUCACUUAUUUCGAACUCAGUGGGACUUGGUAAUGUCUGGCGUUUCCCAUAUCUCGCUGCCAGAAACGGUGGAGGUGCUUUUCUUAUUCCGUACUUCAUUUUGUACUUCUUAAUCGGAGCGCCUAUGUAUUACUUGGAAUUGGCCAUGGGUCAGUUUUCAAGUCGAGGUCCAGCUACUGCAUUUGUUCUCGCUAAAGGAUGGCGAGGCGUUGGCUUUGCUAUGAUUAUCAAUAGUGUAUUGGCCAUGCUUUACUAUAAUGUAGUUAUUGCAUGGGCAUUAUUCUACUUUAUAUCGUCGUUUCGAGGACAUCUUCUAUGGUCUGAUUGUGACCAUUGGUGGAAUACGGAUCGUUGUAUCGUGCCUGGAAACCGCGGAACAACUUACGCAGUUAAUGGAACAACAUUUAACUCAACAUUGAGUGGUUCUGGUGAUGGUAUCCGGUUUUAUGUUGUUCCUAAGUGGGAACUAGUUGGUGACUUCAAGACAUGGCAAGCAGCUGCCUCACAAGUUUUUUUCUCUUUGGGUAUCAGCUUUGGCUCAUUAAUGGCCUACUCAGCAUCGAACAAGUUUCAUAACAACUUUUUCAAGCAAAUGUGUAUCGUUGUUUUCUGUGAUUGUCUAACAGGAGUGUUUGCUGGAUUUGCCGUCUUUGCUACUAUUGGCUUUCUGGCAAAAUCAUUAGGUGAAACAGUCGAGAAAUACGCAGAAUCAUCAGGUCCUGGUCUGGCAUUCAUCACUUAUCCAGAGGCUAUUUCGAAUAUGCCGGCUAGUCCAUUCUUUGCAAUUAUCUUCUUUUUGAUGCUGCUCGCACUUGGUCUAGGCUCUCAGUUUGCAUUCACUGAUGUACCCAUCACUUCGAUAGUGGAGUUAUUUCCUCGUCUUAGAAGAAAUCGUCCAUAUGCUGUUGUAAUCACUUGUGUUCUUUCAUAUCUCAUUAGUCUCACGUUCGCUUGUCCUGGUGGUAUUUAUUUCUUCGAGCUCUUUCAAGAGUAUGCAGCCAAUACUUCUAUGCUUGUUGUCGGCUUUUUUGAAGUGAUCGUGAUAUCUUACAUUUAUGGAUUCAAUCGAUUUAUGGAUGAUGUAAACAUGAUGCUGAAUAAACGAGCUGCUGAAAUAUAUCUAUUUCUAACUUGGUAUAUUUCAGCACCGCUACUCACUCUUAUCAUAACUGUAACAAAACUGAUCAGUGCAGCACCGAUAACACUUGGUGCGGGUGGUGGAUUCCCUCAUCAGCUACGUAAAGGAAUUUCAAUUUUUGCGCAAGAUACAGUCAAGAUCCCAAUCAAUGAUCGAAAGCAAUGA